AUGCUCAGCAUUUACGACAGAUGCGCUUUCUACGUUUGCAGCUUUAAGGAUUUUUAUGAGCUGGAGCCCGAGAAGUUCCAGAAUAAGACAAAUGGCAUCACGCCCCGACGGUGGCUGCUGCUGUGCAACCCGGGGCUGGCGGACACCAUCGUGGAGCGAAUCGGGGAGGAUUUCCUCACUGACCUGAGCCAACUGAAGAAGCUGCUGCCGCUGGUCAGCGACGAGGCCUUCAUCAGAGACGUGGCCAAGGUCAAGCAGGUAGGCCCAGCCCGCCUCCUCCUCAGGUCAGGGCUCCUGCGUGCACCCACUGGCCCUACUGUGGGGACUUGGCAAAGGACCCUGGGGGGCCAUGGGGUUCCACCACUCCACUCAGCUCUCCAGGUGAGGAUUUUGAUUAGCCUCGGCCCACACAGCAGGCAGACGGGAGAGUGCAGACCCCCAGGCCAGCCCUGACCCCGUCGUGACCUG